AUGGCCCAAGACGAUAGUUCCAACCCGGAAGUGAUUCCAACGAAAGAAUGGGUAGAGUCAGUCGAGAUCCAGGAGAGCCUGGAUGAGUUCUUCCAAGAACCCUUUGCUCGAGACCUCAUCAAAAAGAUAGAGGCAAAUAGGGUCAACCCUUUGCCCGAAGUGAAGAGCCGCAAGUUGAUCGAGAUCCUUGUGGACGCAAUCCUUGAGCUCCUCGGUGUCAACCCUGGCGCCUGCCCAGAUGCCACGGAAGACUGUGUCAAGCUCUGUGUCAAAUACAACAUCUUGAAGCAUCAGGUAUGGGGUCGUUUACCUUUUGUCAAGCAUCCCGAUCGCAUCAGUGCCAGGCUUCUCCACGAGCAGGCUUUGGCCACGAAGAUGCAGCUUUCAUUGCCAUUUCCCGAGGUCGGCAUGCUCAUGGUUGUCUCGUUGCUUCUGAAGCUCGAAGGAAGCUCCAAAAGCUCCACUUCACGCGCCAUCAAGGAGCAUUUUCUUUUCGAGAGAGCCAAGUUGGCCGCUUUGGUCUACAAUCGGGAGUCCUGCAACGGCAUUUUUGCCAUCAACAAUUGCCCUGAGCGCUAUUCUUUCACCGCACAGGAAGAUAACCACGCACCAAGCGUCGCCCAAACCACAGCUUCAGGCCCAGAAGACCAAGGCAAGCGGUUCCGUUUUGUGGAAUUCGGAAGCAACAAAGAGAUCGUCAUCAAUGAUGAUGACAACUCAGCGGACCAUUCGCCGCGGAGCAGAAAGCGCUUCGCUAGCGGAAGUUCCCAGAGUACCUUGCCCCAGCCAACUCCAGAUGCCGAACGAGAGCCAACGGCGAAGCAGACUUCCAACAUACACGGCACCUCACGGCCAAUCAUUCACACAAGUCCUCCGCGCACGCAGUACGGCAAUCCAUCCUAUCGAUUCGAUUCGCAGUCGGCAGCAGACAUUGUGCCAACGGGAACCUCUCACCAAGAAGAAACUCCAAAGGUUCAAGCUCAUCCUCCAUCCAUAACUGUCCAAUCUGACGCCAGUCGUAAUGGGAGCGAUGCGGGCGUCUUACCAGCUUGCGCCCGUGUGCUCGAUGACGGCAAGCUCGUAAUGGAACCCGAGGCCGUCCAGGAGAUGUUCAAUGCCUUCCGAGCUAUCAAGGGCGGUCUUCUCAAGUCUGAUAUCGGAGUCGCAGCAAAUGCUUACAAUCAGAUGAUGUUGGCCUUCCCAGAGAGUCUUCGGGAUUCCAUGGAGCUGAGCAUGACUGGCGUCGACACUGUGGCCCAGGGCAAGGCGCAGACAUUGAGAGCUCAGAUAGUCAGUGGCAGGAUUGGCAGGAUGUCCAAGGCCCUUGAGGAGAUUGAUGAAAGGGUGGCGAGCAUACGUGCGUUGCUGUCACAUGAGCAUCAUGCUAUCGCCAAUCUGAAGCAGCUGCUCAAGUCCGUAGAGGACGAUUUAGAGUAG